AUGGAACGCGAGUUUCGAGCCAAGCUCUCCCCGGCGAGUGGCCCGCACCAGUUCGUCGUCCAGGGCAGAUACAAUCGAUUCAUCACGACCUUGACUCAAAACGCCGCCCCCAUUGGCGCCGCUGCCUUUGUCCAGCUCUUCUUCUGCGCGCUUCCCUCCGGCUACGCCAUCGUGCCUCCGGUCACCUUCUUUCUCGCCCUCGCACUCAACGCGCUCUUCCGCCUCCGGACACCCUCGUCCUCCCCGAAGCAGCCUUACCGUGACCCCAAUGUCGUCCCCGGACGGGCUACCGCCCAGUUGCCCUCGCCGUCGGGCUCCUUCGGCACCGAACCCGCCGUCGAGGGCCUCGUCGUCUUUAACCUUGGCGCCCAGAUGAAUCACCCGAUGGGCUUUCUGUGUCCCGGUGGCAAGGAAAUCGGUGACUGGUUCAUGGCCAUGAACGCCGAUCUCAUGCGGCGCCGCGACGAGCUCGGUCUCAUCACCAUGAGCGACUGGCGCGGCUUGAACGUAGACAACGCCAACUCGCUCUGCGCCACCUACUACUUCCGCGACGUCGAGAGCAUCCACCGCUUCGCCUACGAGGAGAUGCACCGCAAGGCUUGGGACUGGUUUAACGCGGCCAAGCAUGACCACAUCGGCAUCUUUCAUGAAACCUUCAUUGUGCCGCCGCACUCCUACGAGACGAUAUACAAAAACUGCGUCCCCAUCGGCUUCGGGAAGGGGUCGGUGAAGUGCAAGGACAUCAAGGGCGUCGAUCAGUGGGCGAGCGUGCUGGUGAGCGCAGACACGCCGGCCUUGAAGACGCAGAUGGCUCGAUUCAACCGCGAAGAGCGGGGAAAUCGGAAAGAGUGA